AUGAGCCCGUUCUCUGCCGAAAAUUUCCCCACCUACCUCGAUGGUGCUGCGUUACUCUGGUUUUCUAAACUUUCUGCAGGUUCAAUUUCCUCCUUUGAGGAUCUCGCCAGAUCAUUCAUUGAUUAUUUUGCGGCAUCAAGAAUCUACGUACAUGGAUCGGACUAUCUCAGCACCAUCAAACAGGGUCAGCACGAGAGCCUGAAGGACUACAUGACCAGAUUCGCUGACGCCACUAUAGAGAUCCAGGACCUGGACCCGGCCGUUCACCUGCACGCUCUCAAGGCCGGCCUCAGGCCCGGCAAAUUCCAGGAGACCAUUGCCAUAACAAAGCCAAAGACGCUAGAGGAAUUCCGAGAAAGGGUGGCAGGCCAAAUGGAGAUCGAAGAACUCCGAGAAGCCCAAAAAUCGGACAAACAACCACAUCGGAGAGACGAAGAAAGAACUUUCAGAUCGCCAGGCAGCAGAGACACUAAGAAACUUUCCAAGCCCACGUCGAAAUACAACACAUACACCAGAUUCAAUACAAGAAGAGAAAACAUCAUCAGAGAAAUCCUCAACGCCAAAAUCAUAAAGCCACCAGCUCGAGCAGGGAACUACCAGGAUCAAAGGUUUGUGGAUAGGACAAAGCAUUGUGCCUUCCACCGAAAGUUUGGUCACACCACGGACGACUGCAUCGUCGCGAAGGACCUCCUGGAAAGGCUGGCAUGCCAAGGGCUCUUGGACAAAUAUAUCGAGAGCCGGAAAGGCAGAAGAGGAAACUCGGACAGGGUUGAGAACAAGCAAGCAAUGGCCGAUGACAACAAAAAAGAGAGGACGACUCCUGAUCCACCAAGAGGAGUCAUUAGCCACAUAUCAGGGGGAUUCGCAGGCGGCUGA